CCUCACACAUUAAAACAGUGGCGUCAUAUAUAUAACCUAACUGAUUAGACAGUGCGUGCAAGCCUCAGUUGUGUUGUAGUAAUAAGAAAAAGAGAGAAGAGACUGAAGUGUGAGAGAGCGAUGUUUUUGAAGGAUAAUAACACUAACAACACUAACGGCUACCACCAUCAACAACCACCACCUCCACCACCAGAAAUGGUGCAUAAUCACAGCAACAGAGAUAGAGCCCGUCACGGCACUCGCCGCUCACGUGUUUCCACUUCUAAUUCCCGUGUUAGGGUUUCCGAUGCCGAACAACCUCAACAGCCUACUAAUCGAUCUCCUUGCACCGAUUACGACAUGGCGUAUUUUCAUUCCUAUGCUCAUCUCGGUAUUCAUCAAGAAAUGAUCAAGGAUCGCGUGCGGACUGAUACUUAUAGGGAAGCAAUCAUGCGGCAUCAGAGUCUUAUUGCUGGCAAAGUCGUAGUUGAUGUUGGUUGCGGUACAGGAAUCCUUUCCAUAUUUUGUGCUCAGGCAGGUGCAAAGCGGGUGUAUGCAGUUGAUGCCAGUAACAUUGCUCUGCAGGCAAAUGAAGUUGUUAAAGCAAAUAACCUUUCUGAUGUUGUCAUUGUAUUGCAUGGACGAGUUGAGGAUGUUGAAAUUGAUGAAGAGGUGGAUGUUAUAAUUUCAGAAUGGAUGGGCUAUAUGCUUCUAUAUGAGAGCAUGCUUGGGAGCGUUAUUACUGCCAGAGAUCGCUGGCUCAAACCCGGUGGUCUUAUUCUUCCUUCGAGUGCAUCGUUGUACAUGGCUCCUGUCACACAUACGGACAGAUACAGUGACAGCGUCGACUUUUGGCGCAAUGUUUAUGGAAUUGACAUGUCUGCCAUGUUAUCUUUAGCAAAACAAUGUGCCUUUGAGGAACCUUCUGUGGAGACAAUAACCGGUGAAAAUAUUUUGACAUGGCCACAUAUGGUUAAAUAUAUUGAUAGCUAUUCCGUUACCAUUAAUGAGUUAGAAACUGUAACAUCGAAGUUUAAGUUCAACUCAAUGAUGCGAGCUCCACUGCAUGGUUUUGCAUUUUGGUUUGAUGUUGAGUUCAAUGUGCCUAAGGUAGAGUCAUCAACAUCAGUUAUCGAGAAUAAUCAACUGAACGGUAGUUUGAGGAAAAAGCGAACAAAUCCUAGUGAAGCACUGGUCCUAUCCACUGCACCCGAGGACCCUCCAACACAUUGGCAGCAGACAUUGAUAUACUUCUAUGAUCCUAUUGACCUGGAACAAGAUCAAUUAAUCGAAGGUUUAGUAACAUUGACACAAAGCAAAGAAAAUGCUCGAUUUAUGAAUAUUCACCUUGAAUAUAAUUCGGGUAAUCGAUCGUAUGUGAAAGAGUCUGUUAUGAGAUGAUCUCAAUAUGGGGCUGUUGCAUAUAUUUCUUUGCUGACCUUGUUUCUCCAACAGAGCUAUGAUUUGCUUGGGUCACAAAAACCACUAAUCCUAGCUUGCUAGAUUAGAAAAUGCUACUGAAGGACUUGUUAGCACAUGUAGUUAGGUUAAUCAAAUGAAAUUUUGUUGUAAUUCAUUGGUAUUAAAUUAUACAGGAGUGGUUGAGUUAUGUCAUAAUUCAUUUAUUAUUGUAAUUUUUUAAGCUUCACUUUGGGGCUUUCAUUCCGGUUGAAAACUAGUACAGCUUUGCUGGAAUAUGUUGAGCUAUUUUUUAAU